CACGGUGCCGAUAAUUCUUCGUUGGGUUCGUGCGUUCGUUAUUAUUUUUUCGUGCGUAAUAAGGCUAAAAUGCAUGUGGUGUUCGGCGUACGAUCGCGUAACCACCGUUGAAAUACAUCUCGCUUGAAAAACCGCGCCGACGACGUCGUUUUGGCGCGUGCUCGAUUAAAAAUUUUGCGCUUGUUGAACGGGCCGCAAAACGGUGGGACAAAGGUGUACGGGCACACUGUUUGGUGUUAUAUGCUUUUUAAAUCCGCAACGGGACACCGCAGCCUCGUCUCGUCGCGAAUUGUCGAUCUGUUACGUAGCCUUUAUUCGUUGGCAUGACGAGGAAAGACGCCGUCCGUACGGUCCUCGUGCAUCGCGAAACGACCACGAACGAGCUAUGUGCCCCGGCCAGUGGAGCGGGUGAGAUCUAGUUAUCGUCGAAAGACUCGCGGUAAAACGGUGCGCGAAUACUGUGGACGACGUGUGGUCAGGCCACCAUGGCGGUGAAUCCGCGUGAUAUGGACGGUUUCAUGCCGCUCCUGUCAACGACGGACAUCAAGAAGAAGCUGAACGUUGGGUGUUUGCUGUUGAAUUACUUGGGCGACGUGAGCAAGAGUAUCGAGUGUCAGGACAUCGGACAGUUCAUCGACAACAUCAUACCAUGGCUCGGCAACGGAAAUCCGAAGGUUGUCCAGAACGGCUUGGAAAUCCUCACGUACCUGGCGGACCGAAUGGGCCACGACUUCAAGCCUUACGUGUCCACCAUUAUUCAGCCAACGAUAGAUAGACUAGGUGACAGUAAGGAUGCGACCCGGGAAAAAGCGCAGUUGGUACUCCUAAAAAUUAUGGAGAAGGGUUGCAUGUCGCCUCAGCAGCUUCUGGACAGAUUACGGCCGGCCUUCAAUCACAAGAACGCUAAAUUAAGGGAAGAAGCUCUGAUCCUGCUGACGACUACGUUGAACGAGCAUGGCGCGGAUGAGAUGAUCCUGUCGGGCGUGAUACCAAGCAUCGUGAAGCUGCUGUCGGAUCCAUCCGAAAAAGUCCGUGAAACAGCGAUGAACACGCUGGCGGACAUUUACAGACACGUUGGCGAACGGCUGCGCGUCGAUUUGCAGAGAAAGCACAAUGUACCGCAAGCUAAGUUGCUGCUGCUAAUAGAGAAGUUUGACCAGCUGAAAGCCGCCGGCGAUAUGCUGCCUCUGGCUAUGUCCUCGGACGUCGGCAAGAGCACAGAUGAGCCGGACAGAGCGAUUAAGUCGGCUCCUGUAAAGAGGUCAGGUAUCCCCCCAAAAAGAGGACAGUUUGGACCUGCAAAAACUCCCACUUCUGCUAUAGGUACAUCUCAACCUGGUAAUACUCAGCAAACGGUUCCAAGGGCAGCAACCGUGAAAAGAAACGUAUCGGUAAAAUCAGCAACAGGUCAGGCUGGUGCGGUCGACGAGGAGACAUUCCUCACAGCGUUCGAAGAUGUGCCAUCGAUUAACUUGUUCUCAGCGAAGGAUCUUGAAGAACAGAUGAAAACCGUAAGGGACAGCAUUGGCGAUGACAAAAAGGAUUGGAAGCAGAGGACAGAGAGUAUGAAAAAGUUACGGUCGAUUAUCAUUGCGGGCGGUACGAAUUACGAAAACUUUCUGGAGUGUUUGAAGAGCAUACAGAGACCGUUCGAAGUCGCCUGCACGGAUCUGAGGUCGCAGGUUGUAAGGGAGGCGUGUAUCACUUUAGCGUUUCUUAGUCAACACUUGAAAAAUAAGUUCGCCAGUUUUGGAGAGGCGGUCUUACUCACCUUAAUGAACCUGAUACAAAAUAGUGCCAAGGUUGUGGCAACAGCUGGCGCGGUGGCUGUGAGGUUUAUGCUACAGAAUACGCAUUGCAGUCGUUACGUGCCAAUUAUCACGUCCUGUUUAAAUAACAAAAGCAAAGACAUACGUCGGGCGUCCUGCGAGUAUCUGAAUUUAAUUCUACAAACCUGGCCUACCCAGAUAUUGCAGAAACAUGUACAAGUAUUACAAGACACCAUUAAAAAGGGCAUCGCCGAUUCGGAUUCAGAGGCUAGAGCAUUUGCUAGGAAGUCAUUUUGGGCAUUCAAGGAUCAUUUCCCGGAGCAAGCAGAAGCCCUACUCAACAGUCUUGACACCGCGUACAAACGUUCUUUAAUGUCUCUGAGCAAUAGUGGUAGUAUUAACAGUUUGAAUGUAGUCACGAGAUCGGCGAGUGUCAGUCCUAGGACAUCCAGACCAGCAAUGAGUGCCACAGAUCGCGGAACGUCUGGAGUCAGAUCCACCAGCGCCAUAGAUCUGCAGGCGGCGCAAAGAGCGAAAGCCAGGAUGAUGUAUGCGAACAUCAGCCGACAAAAAGCAUCGCUUCCACGCCCCAGUAAAUCACCAGACACCACAGCAGUGGCCAGUCCAGAAAGAACCGCAAGAACGAGAACGAGAAUCGCCGGUGUGUCGCAAUCUCAGCCCAGUAGUCGGUCGGGCUCACCGUCGUCCAGGCUUAGUUACGCCACGUACAAUCGCGAGGGGGAAUCCUUGAUCGCGAGACCCAGACGAUUAUCCGGACAUGGAAUCAGAAGUACCGGCAACAGCCGUGAACCUAGCCCGCAAAGGUUCGGAAUGGAUAGGAGUUUCGCUAGUAAAAUAAGGGGAAGAAGUUUACACAUGUCUCCGACAGACAGGCCUCAGUCUAGGCCAGUCAUGGCACAGAAAAUGCUCCAACAGUCGCGUGAAGCCGAAUCAGCAUUGGCGGACGCGCUCACUUUUGAUAACAUUGACAGUUACACGAGAACACCGAGGGGUAAAGGCGACCACAGUGACGACAGUGAAACCAGCAGCAUAUGCUCGGAGAGGAGCAUGGACAGCUUUAGGCGACCGAAUGACUCGUUCUCAUGGAGUGGCUCCCAGCAAAGACUGUACCGUGAUAUGUGGGAUCAGUCUAUCCCGAAGGAUAUUAAGGAAAUUAUUGAGAAUUGUGCGCACAAGCAUUGGGGCGACAGGAAAGAAGGUUUAGUAGGCUUGCAACAUUUCCUCUCCAACGGGAACACGCUGACGGCGACGGAAUUGCGUAAGGUGACCGAUAUAUUCACGAAAAUGUUCAUGGACUCCCAUACGAAGGUGUUCAGUUUAUUUUUGGACACGUUAAACGAGCUGGUCGCCACUCACAGCGAGGAUCUCGGCGAUUGGCUCUAUGUGCUCUGCGCGAGGCUGUUGAAUAAAUUGGGCACCGAUUUGCUUGGUUCGAUCCAGGCGAAAAUUCACAAGACCCUCGAUGUCGUCAGGGAAUGUUUCCCAGGGGAGCAAUUACUGCCCGCUGUAAUGAGGUAUCUCACCGAUCCGACACAGACGCCGAAUUCCCGCGUGAAAAUCGCCACCCUUACGUUCAUCACGCAAAUAGCAGAGACAGCUGAACCGUCUGCGUUAAUUACAUCAGCGGGGACAGCGCUUGCCAGGUUACUCGAUUGGUCGAACGACGUCAAGAGCCAAGACGUUCGGAGGCAUGCACAGAACGCUGUAAUAUCGUUGUACAAUCUGAAUCCCCCAAAAGUGACCAUGGUACUGGCCGAUCUACCCAAAUAUUAUCAGGAGGCGGCGCUACCACUGGUACAGAAUCACCUGCGAAAGUCCUCAGGGUCCAGUAAUCCAGCGUCGCCCGGUACUCCUCCUCCGAGAGCUCAAAGUUCGCCGGCUCGUUCGAAGGUGAAAGGCGACGUGGAGAACGCGGACGAAAAUCUGGAAGAGGUUUACAACACUUCCCACAGAUCGUUAAGACGCACCACUGCGGAAAUUCAGAAUUACGGUUUUGAACGUUUAGAAAGGGCGACCACCAGCAAAGACAGCGGGAUCAGCAAUAUGGCAGACGUGGAGGAGAAGAUGGAAGGUCUUACGUUGUGUAACUCGGGUCGUUCGUCUUCCGUUUCGUCGCCUACUCAACGAGGACGGUCCGUUGCGAAUAUUACUGUUAACGGAUCGAGCGAUACAAUCGCAGGCGAUCUCAUUCUACCUCAGGAAAACAAUGGUUACAAGACACACGGGUCUUCGCCCGACUCGAUAAAGAGGCCAGAAGUUUUAGAUAAUAUGAUUAAGACACUGCAGUCGAAGAUGACCCAGACCGAAGAAAAGAUAUUAGCACUGCAGGAGUUCCAAUUGUACGUUCGGGAAGGAGAUGCCUCGUACAUAAAACAACAUUUCAAGAAACUGCUCAAAACAUUGUUAGAUAGUUUGACUAACGACAGCAAGAAAAUGCAAGUGGAAGUACUUCAGACGCUGAUCGACAUGCUUAAGUGCCCAGAACUCGUAGACAGUUUCUCGGGUUACCCCGAACUGCUCGUUCUAAAAGUAAUAAACGCGUACAAAUUGGACGAUCAGAAACCAGAUUCUUCCGGCGGUAGCAGCAAUACAAGAUCCCCGGUUCUCUGGAUGGCAGAAAAGUGUGCCGCAACGAUAGCGAUGGUUUUAAAGCCAGAGCAAAUCAUACACUUAGUGUCAACUAUAAUUACCACUGAACCGUAUCCUUUGAACAUGGGGGCAAUCAAAAUGUUGCACAAAGUAGUGGAACACUGGGGUCGGGACGCGAUUGAGCCUCAUCUAUCUAAGGUUAUGCCCGGUCUUAUUAAGGCUUACGACGAUAAUGAGAGUGCAGUGCGCAAGAGCGCCGUGUUCUGUAUGGUAGCGAUACACCUGGCUGUCGGUGAGGAAGUACUGAAGCCUCAUCUGAGCUGUCUGUAUACCAGCAAGCUAAAACUUUUGAACAUUUACAUACAACGCGCCCAACAGGCGAACAGUCAGCCGGCGAGUCCGCGUAGCAAUAGCAAGAAUUAACUAACAACAAACACCGCGACGCUUCGGAUCGCGAUACUUAAGAGAUUCGCUCGUCUUAGUGCGAGGCAUGAACGAAUGCUGUUUAGCUUCC